AUGGGACCUGACAACUUCGUUACAUCCCGGCUGCUGGACAAAGAACCGCAUCAGAAUAAUAAUAAUCGCGAUGGACAGCGGAUAAAGAGGCCACUCCAGCCACCCCCGAAGGAUCCCUUGACGAUGAUCGCCGCCGGGCUGAUAGUCAGACAACUCAAAGCGGGUGAUCUUCUCGAGGCGCUGGUCUUUGACAGUGACAAUAUUAACAUACAGACUCGAGUUGCGACAAUUCCACUUCAACAGGCCCUGCUCUCUGGCCCUGUCGAUCCAGCAGCCGACCAUCCUUCCCGGCCAUGCAGAAUUAAUCUCAGGAUGAAUCCAUCACCUCCACCUCCUCGUCAUCGACCAGAUCCAACUUUCCCGCUCACCGCACAAUCAACCAUCACCGCCGCUCUGGAUCCAGCGCCAAGUGGGCAACACAACUUGACGGUCGCCGUUUCGCGCUGGAACACCUCGAUCCUAAGAAUAGACCCUGUCCGCUCUACAAACCCACACAGCCUGAGACCCAGAUCCCCAGUUUUAAUCUGUCAAACCACGGUUUGGCCGUCCAAACUGACAUCAGUUCGUCCAGGAACACCCGACCUGUGCCAGACGAACCCGUCCGCGUUCCUGAGGAGGAACCGUGGUUCUCGCGCAGGAACUGUUCCAAAGACCACUGCCGGCCCCGAGCGUUCUGGGCUGUUCGUGCCCUUUAUUUGA